CCACAUCUCAACUUCACAUCAACAUCCCUCAAACUCAACACCGCUUCACCCAUCGUCAGCAUCUCACUCGAGUCAUACUUCGCAAAUCCUACAAGUUCUGACUCUGCUACUCAGGCCACUGCGCGUAUCGUUGACAUCAACGACUACGCUUGGAAAGGUCAGAAGCGGGGGAACCAAGCCGCCCUGCUUGUGCCGAGUCAGUGCGCAUAGGGCCGCGAAACGUCCUUCAUCACUAUCCACCAGCUCUGCCUCAAACUCCACAUCGACCAGCAAGCAACAUGGAGACCUCGAAAGAACACCUCUCUGACACCGUUGCCGCUGCCCCGUACAGCCACAGACCCCCGAGCCCCCCCUAUAUCCCAAUUCCCCUGACAUAUCCAAAGGGACCUGCUGCAGCCACCAUCGUUCCCUCAUUCGACAAUGUAGACGCAAUGCGGUUGACGAGCGAGGAUCUCAGAAUCAUCACCCGAAACAAAAGCCAGACGGCUACCGACAGAUCAGUAGGAUGGAGCUACGAAUCCCGCCGCAAGGCCCAGUCAAUCUUGGAUUUCCUCUACCUCGGUCCCUUGUCUGUUGCCCGCGACGAGGCUUGGCUUGCCAAGGAGGGCAUCACCAUGAUCAUAGUGACGCGUCAUUCCAGGGUCGCCCAAGCGAGGCUAAUGAGCGUGGAUAAGGUCGCGCAGAAGCUGGGCAUAGGAGUCGAGUACCUGGAUGUCCAAGACAAUUCCGAACUGAUCCGUGGCUUCCCCGAGGUUGUGGCAAAGAUCAACGGGCACCUUCUCGAUGUCUACCGCAGUCAGGCAAUGCCCAUGCAGGAGGGCCAAAUGAUCAUUGACAACGACAGCUUCAAGAGCGGAAAGGUUCUGCUUGUUUGCGAGACAGGAAACGACCGGUCAACUUUCGUCGCUGCAGCGUACAUCAUGAAUAUGUACGGGAAAGACAUGAUUUCGACAGUUCAAUUCAUCUCGAUCCAGAGAUUCUCCGCCAACUUUGACGAGGAUGGAAAGAGAAUGCUGCAGGCAUAUGAGGACAUACUCAACGCCCAGAGAAGUGUUUCCAUUGCGACAAGAGACAUUCCCCGAGCUGGUCAUUUUAACGGCCCUAGCGGCCGAGGCAAGCGAGGAAUCGAGUCGACAUUCAAUGAGGACGACAUGCUGGUGGGUGAUGGUUAUGCAACGUUCACCGCAGAUCGAGAACGCUAUCAAGACAGGGGCAGAUUUGCUCCCUUCGUUGAUCGUGGCUCAGCGACUUAGAGUAUCUGAGCAUCCGGUUGAGGAGGGUUCGGAAGUGGAGGUGCCAUACGACGUCUUAUUAGGAAUGAGCACUGGCGUCUUUAGCGGAAAGUCGACUGUUGAUGGUCUGUCACGGGGUUGUAUUACUGCUAUUGCUUUUGGGGACAUCGAUAGAACUCGGUUGGGAACAUGGAGAUAGGCGUCAGGGAUGUUGAUGUACCUGUUAUUAGCCAGCAACGACCUGCUCUUGUCCACAAGUAUAUACUCCUUCUUGACGCUAAAGAAAGAGAGCACGCUUGUUCAAGAAGGACAACACUCGUCUACUGCGGCUGUGUAAUGAAUUUUCUCGGCGUGUUCUUUUAGAUAGGGUCUAGUGUGUGGCGGCCUCAACAUGGCCAAAGUGGAAUAGAAGAGCAUUUCAUUCCCUAAGACGAGAUUGCUCGCAGUACUGAGGACCGAUGAAGAUUAUUUGUAUUUUGUGUUGCUC